AUGGUUAUUGAUAAUGGGUAUGAGUCGCUGGCUUAUCGUGUCCAAGUUCCCAGGGCAGAGACUCCUAAAACACGACAAUUGCCAGUCACUCUACUAUCUGGAUUUCUGGGAAGUGGAAAGACUACGUUGUUACAGCACAUUCUCAAAUCCCCGGAUCAUGGCAUGCGCAUCGCAGUCAUUGUUAAUGACAUGAGCCAACUCAAUAUCGAUGCCGCCCUUAUCAGGAACCACAAGGUCUCUCAGACGCAGGAGAAAAUGAUUCAGCUUCAAAAUGGUUGCAUAUGCUGCACUCUCCGUGGUGACCUGCUUUCCGAACUUGCCCGCCUUACCAAGUUAGAUGAAAUUCAGUAUGUCAUCAUAGAGAGUACUGGCAUCAGCGAGCCUAUGCAGGUUGCCGAAACCUUCACGGCGGAGUUUAGCACCGCCAUGCUGGAAGCCGAAGAUCAGAUUGCAGACAAUGACGAGGAUACAAAGAGGCUCCUCAACGAAAUUGUUCAGAUGGGUGGAUUGCACACAAUGGCUCGUCUUGACACAACGGUGACUGUCAUCGAUGCCUUCAACCUUCUCUCAAACUUUGAUACCACCGAGUUCCUUUCAGACAGAUACGGGCGGGAUGAGAUCGUCCCCGAGGAUGAGAGAACCAUCUCUGAUUUGAUGGUUGAUCAGAUUGAAUUUGCCGAUGUGCUCAUUGUCAACAAGAUCGAGACCAUCGAUCAACAAACCCGUGAAAAGAUUAUGCAACUUCUCAAGUUGCUUAAUCCUGAUGCUAAGGUCUUGAUGUCUAGUUACUCGCAGGUGGAUGUGCGUGAGCUUCUUGCGACUGGGAAAUUCGACUUUGUCCGCGCUGCCUCAGGUGCUGGGUGGCUUCGCAGCCUGCAUGAGAUGACCAUCCAGAACACCGGUAAUGGAGAGCGAAUGGCGCCUCAGCCGGAGACAUUGGAGUAUGGAAUCAACAACUUUGUCUACACAGCUCGCCGGCCUUUCCAUCCUCGCCGCUUGUUCUCACUUCUGCAUGACAAAUUUAUCAUUCUUCAGAGCAAUGAGCUUGAAGAAGAUGGAGAGGACGAGGAUGAGGACGAGGAAGGAGAGGACACGGGAGAUGAUAUGGAUACAGAUGACGAGUCACUUGAAGACUUUGAUCAACCUGAUCCCAAGGACAUUUUGAGUAACAAGCGCAAACAUCCCGCCUUUGGUCCCAUUCUGCGCUCCAAAGGAUUCUUCUGGCUACCGACCCGACCUUACCAGUUUGGUGAGUGGAGCCAAGCGGGCGGCAUGCUGACGAUCGGCUGUGGAGGACCCUGGUUCGCGGAAGUUCCCGACGAGGCGUGGCCCGAAGACAAGGAUGUUCGUGAGUCGAUCGAAAAUGAUUUCCGAGGCCAGUGGGGAGAUCGACGGCAAGAGAUUGUCUUUAUUGGUGAAGGCGUUGAUGAGGCACAGAUUUCAUCUAUCUUGGAUGAAUGUCUGUUUGAUGACAAAGAUAUGAAGCAGUGGGAGAAGAUCAUGAAGAACAAGAAACUUAGCCGGGAGGCCAAGUGCAAAAAGAUUGCCAGUAUUUGGGAGGAUGGAUGGGAGGAGUGGCCUGCUUUUGAGAUUGAAGACGAAGACGAAGUUGCUGUUGGUAAGCAUCACAUUAGCGAUUACUUAGGUCAUCAGCAGGAUCAUAAGGGUCAUAAACAUGGUCAUCGAUAG